AUGGACCAGUGCCUACAUGGUCACCAGCUUUUCUGCCAUAUCCAGAUGGCAGCCAAUAUCCCAGUAACAUUCAGAAUGUUGGUUACCCAUUUCAAUAUGGGUUUGGGCCUCCGACUCCUCACAUCGCUACAAGCUCCACAACGAGCGCAAGGGGUUGUUCAGAUAAUAGACCCGAUUGUAGGGAAACUGAAGUGCCAUGUACAAACUCAAUGGUUGAUGAAGAAAGUCAAGAGGAUAGACCCGAAUCACGGGAAACCGACGGUUGCACUACUGGAUUAUGCUAAGAAAAGCGGGUUUGGGGUGAUGACACAAAAGAGUGAGAGGGGAGAUGAUCAAAGUAUCAGAUAUGUCACUCUUGGUUGUGCCCGUGGAGGGAAGGCCCGGGUUAAGAGUUUCAACGUCGCAGCACCACGCCCGACGGGAAAGACGGAUUGUAAGGCAAGGAUUAAUGCCUUAAAGGUUGAUGGAAAGAUGCGGUUGACAACAGUCCAUAAUACACAUAAUCACGGCCUCAGUCCAAAGAAAUCUCGCUUCUUUCGUUGUAACAGAGAAGUGAGUGAGACUGUAAAAAGAGUCCUAGAUACAAACGACUUGGCUGGGAUCCGGAUGAAUAAGAGUUUCGGAUCUCUUGUCGUUGGUGUAGGUGGCUUCGAGAACCUCCCGUUUUUGGAAAAGGAUUGUCGCAAUUAUAUAGACAAGGCACGUCAUCUACGACUUGGUGCAGGUGGUGCUGGAGCACUUCGAGAUUAUUUUUUGAGGAUGCAGUACAAGGAUAAUGGUUUUUUUACAUCGAUGGACUUAAGUGAUGAUGGGAGGCUAAAGAAAGUAUUUUGGGCAGAUCCACGCAGUAGGGCGGCCUACCAGUAUUUCGGUGAUGUCGUCACAUUCGACACCACAUAUCUCACGAAUAGAUAUGGGAUGCCAUUUGCACCAUUUGUUGGUGUCAACCACCACGGACAAUCCAUUCUUUUGGGAGCGGGGUUGAUUUCAAGUGAGGAUACAGAGACCUUUACAUGGUUAUUCCAGACCUGGUUGCAGUGUAUGGAUGGUAUACCUCCAAAAGCUAUUAUUACUGAUCAAGAUAGAGCAAUGAAAAACGCAAUUGCUAUAGUCUUUCCAGAAAGUCGGCAUAGAUUCUGUUUAUGGCAUAUACUGAAAAAAGUUCUCGAGAAGCUUGGGUCAUAUGCUGCUUACAAAAGUGGACUAAAAAGUCACCUAAUGAAAUCUGUGUACGACACUCAAACAAUUGAGGAGUUUGAGAAAUGUUGGGAUGGGUUACUUAACACAUAUGAUUUACAUGAGAAUGUCUGGUUGAAAAGUUUAUAUGAUGAGCGUCACCAUUGGGUACCAGUAUUCUUGAAAGAGCACUUCUGGGAGUUUGUCGACCAGUUUGACAGUGCGCUGAGGAAGAAAAUUGAGAAUGAAAACAAUGCAGACUUCCACACAUUUAGUGUCACCAUUCCCUGUAUAUCUAGAUCUCCAAUUGAGAAGAGAUUUUAA